AUGCCACCAAUCGUGCUGCUCGAACCGUCGCGUGGUCUCCCACCUCCAUCCGACAGCGUGGUAGAGGUCUUCGAGACUUUCGGUACAUUGACGGCGAGGAAGUGGAUCCACGAGCAAACGUGCGACUUCAUCCUCUCCAUCCUGAAUGCCGGUCCAAAUGCACGAGAUUCCAAGUCGUAUCUCGCCAGCUUCGCUCCUAAGCCCAAAAAUCUUCCAGACACGAAAGCUGUCACCAAUAACAACUCGACACUUCCCACUCUGCCAGACUAUCGCGUCUCUCACACGGCCAUACCCGACCUCUUGGUAGAAGAAUCGCCCUUGUUGUCAUCCUUGCUGGAUCCAGUAACUCAGCAUACGGCUCUCGUCAAGAUUCAGGGUCCCUUCACGGACAGGCAACUGGAUUCCAUCGCGCUUGGCAUGGUCUAUCUCGAGAAGCUUGGUCUUGUUAGUGUCAUCAUUGUGGAAAACGACGAAUGGGAGCGUGGGGAACCCGAUGAGCGACUGAAUGCUGUGGACGAUGCUGAGCGCGUUGUCGUUGCUCUCGAGAAGCAGGGAGCCCGCGCUCGACCCGUAUUGCAGUCCGUGGUUCGGCUGGGUCCCAAGAAGGGAGAAGGACUCGCCGCUGUGGACGAAGAUCCUCUCGCCAACGCACACACCGAACCCGAAGACCUCGAAUCUCUUCGUUCAGCUCUGCGGGCAGGUGAAAUUCCGGUUCUGGCACCUUUAGCGCUCGAUUCCCAGCUGCGCACCGUGAGGGUCGAUGGCAACCUCGUCAUAUCCGCCCUAGCCCAAGGAAUGGUGGAGGCGGCCCAGCUCGACGCAGCGAAGGAAGCAGUCCCACAGUCUGGUCAUACCGCCCCAAAUUCUUGCCAGGAUCUUACGCCACUGCGCCUCAUGAUCAUCAAUCGCGAAGGCGGUGUCCCCUCAUACGCUCGCAAUGGUCUGCCACAUUUACUGGUCAAUCUCGAAUCCGAAUACCAACACAUUCAUGACACGUUCCUCUCUCAAUGGGCCCAUUCACACCCUACUGCGCUGCAGAACUUGGCUCUUUCCAAGCGAUGCUUGAAAUAUAUGCCGCCAACCUCCUCGGCUGUUAUGGUCUCGCACCGGUCAUCCCGCUCAUUGAUCGGCAAUCUCAUCACCAAUAAGCCGGCGCAGUCAUCCUCUCUCCCGCAUGCUUUGCUCUCGGGACCGAAAGCUGUCACAGCUCAUACCCCUACGUUGAUCAGACAUGGUCUUCCUAUUACAAUCAUCAGGGACCCCUCUCAGAUUGAUCAAACCAAGAUGACUGCACUGUUGGAGAAGUCAUUCGGCCGUACUCUCAUGGAGGAUGCGUUCUACGAGCGCAUCGAACGAGACCUCGACUUUGCUAUCGUCUCAGGUGACUAUCAAGGCGGUGCAAUCGUGACCAAGGAGCGCGAUCCGUCGAACCCUGAUGGCACACCUAUUGCGUACCUCGACAAGUUCGCUAUGCUACCCUCCCUCCAAGGUGACGGUACGGUCGAUUUCUUGUGGGUCGCCCUCCGUGACGAGUCUUACGGUCUCGGUCUACUUGACUCAAGGAACCCCAAUGUUGGGGGUCUUGGUGGCCAGGGUAUUGGGCGCGAUCUCGUCUGGCGCAGUCGAGCCGACAAUCCGGUCAAUAAAUGGUACUUUGAGAGGAGUACUGGCCACAUGCGGCUUGGUAAUUGGGUGCUGUUCUGGUGCGACGCCGAGGAUCGCUUGACCAAAAUCGAGCGCGGCCUUCGCAAUAAUCCAAAGACCGUGCCGGGGCAUCGUGGGAUUGUUGGACCAUCAUUCAUUGAAAGUGACGAGGAAGGAAGACUUUUUAGAUGGGCGAGCGUUGUAGAGAAGAUACCCUCUGCGUGGUAUCCCAAGGCAGCAUGA